AUGGUACCUGGUAACACAGACGCUCUCGCAGACACAGACGCGCUCGCAGACACAGACACAGACGCGCUCGCAGACACAGACGCGCUCGCAGACACAGACGCGCUCGCAGACACAGACGCGCUCGCAGACGCGGUCGCAGACACAGACGCGGUCGCAGACACAGACGCGGUCGCAGACACAGACGCGGUCGCAGACACAGACGCGGUCGCAGACACAGACGCGCUCGCAGACACAGACGCGCUCGCAGACACAGACGCGCUCACAGACGCGGUCGCAGACACAGACGCGCUCACAGACGCGGUCGCAGAUACAGACGCGGUCGCAGACACAGACGCGGUCGCAGACACGGUCGCAGACGCGGUCGCAGACGCGGUCGCAGACGCGGUCGCAGACGCGGUCGCAGACGCGGUCGCAGACACAGACGCGGUCGCAGACACAGACGCUCUCGCAGACACAGACGCUCUCGCAGACACAGACGCGCUCACAGACGCGGUCGCAGACGCGGCCGCAGACACAGACACAGACGCGGUCGCAGAAACAGACGCGGUCGCAGACACAGACGCGGUCGCAGAAACAGACGCGGUCGCAGACACAGACGCGGUCGCAGACACAGACGCGGUCGCAGACACAGACGCGGUCGCAGACACAGACGCGGUCGCAGACACAGACGCAGACGCGGUCGCAGACACAGACGCUCUCGCAGACGCGGUCGCAGACACAGACGCUCUCGCAGACGCUCUCGCAGACGCGCUCGCAGACACAGACGCUCUCGCAGACACAGACGCUCUCGCAGACGCGCUCGCAGACACAGACGCGCUCGCAGACGCAGACGCGCUCGCAGACACAGACGCUCUCGCAGACACAGACGCUCUCGCAGACGCGCUCGCAGACACAGACGCGCUCGCAGACACAGACGCGCUCGCAGACACAGACGCUCUCGCAGACACAGACGCGCUCGCAGACGCGCUCUCGCAGACACAGACGCUCUCGCAGACACAGACGCUCUCGCAGACACAGACGCGCUCUCGCAGACACAGACGCGCUCGCAGACACAGACGCGCUCGCAGACGCUCUCGCAGACACAGACGCUCUCGCAGACACAGACGCUCUCGCAGACACAGACGCGCUCUCGCAGACACAGACGCGCUCGCAGACGCUCUCGCAGACACAGACGCGCUCUCGCAGACACAGACGCGCUCUCGCAGACACAGACGCGCUCGCAGACACAGACGCGCUCGCAGACGCGCUCGCAGACGCGCUCGCAGACGCUCUCGCAGACAGACGCGCUCGCAGACACAGACGCGCUCACAGACGCGCUCGCAGACACAGACGCGCUCACAGACGCGCUCGCAGACACAGACGCGCUCGCAGACAGACGCCGCUCGCAGACGCUCUCGCAGACGCUCUCGCAGACGCUCUCGCAGACGCUCUCGCAGACACAGACGCGCUCUCGCAGACACAGACGCGCUCGCAGACGCGCUCGCAGACGCUCUCGCAGACACAGACGCGCUCGCAGACACAGACGCGCUCACAGACGCGCUCGCAGACACAGACGCGCUCGCAGACAGACGCGCUCGCAGACAGACGCGCUCGCAGACGCGCUCACAGACGCGCUCGCAGACAGACGCGCUCGCAGACGCAGACGCGCUCGCAGACGCGCUCGCAGACGCGCUCGCAGACGCGCUCGCAGACGCGCUCGCAGACGCGCUCGCAGACGCGCUCGCAGACGCAGACGCGCUCGCAGACGCAGACGCGCUCGCAGACGCGCUCGCAGACGCGCUCGCAGACGCUCUCGCAGACGCGCUUGCAGACGCUCUCGCAGACGCUCUCGCAGACGCUCUCGCAGACGCUCUCGCAGACGCUCUCGCAGACACAGACGCUUUCGCAGACACAGACGCGCUCGCAGACACAGACUUGCUCGCAGACACAGACGCGCUCGCGGAGAGAGGACAGUCAGUGACUGAUAAUCCUGCUCCUGUGGAUCUGCAGGUCAGUGACUGUGAUAAUCCUGCUCCUGUGGAUCUGCAGAUGUCGGUCUCUGUGGGCUGCUGUGGUCAGAUGUCGGUCUCUGUGGGCUGCUGUGGUCAGACGUCGGUCUCUGUGGGCUGCUGUGCGAACCACACGGUGAUGGAGGAGGUGACGGAGGAGGUGAUGGAGGAGGUGAUGGAGGAGGUGAUGGAGGAGGUGAAGGAGGAGGUGAUGGAGGAGGUGAUGGAGGAGGGGAUGGAGGAGGUGAGGAGGAGGUGA